AUGAAAAAUAAUAUCUUAACCCUUAUACAACCUAAUAAUAAUGAAAAUAUUUUGCCAGAAUUAGAAGAAUCUUCUACAAGUGAUAAUGAAAUUAGUUUACCAACUUCUGACAAUUCACCAAUUGAACCUAAUAAUCCACAAAUUGAACUUGAUAAUCUGCUAAGUGAAAUAACUGAUUCGAUUAAAGUAGCUGAAAUGACUGAAGAAGGCAUAAUAGAUGAUUCUGAAGUCUCUGAUAAUGAAGAGUAUUGGUCAAAUGUAGUUGAGAAUUAG